ACCCCAAUAGAUAUCUUUUCCUUUUUUUGUAUUUUAGAAUAGCAAAGAGAAUUUGAUGAGCCGAGAAUAUAUAUUAUUAAAUUAAUUAAAAAAGAAAAGAAAAUAAUUAAUUGGAUGCCAUGUAACUAGUAGUACGUAUAGUACUAUUUAAUUGGGGGCUAUAUAACUCGCCCACGUUUGAUUUUCUCUUAGCUUAGCACACCUUAUUUAUAUAAAAACCGUUUCAUUCUUCAAAACAUCUCAAAGGGUCUCCGAGAAGCUAAUCAAAAUCAUAAAUUUCUUGGUGGACCUUAUUAGGGUAAAUAUUCAUCACCAAAAAUAGAAAAAAAAAAAGAAAAAAGAAAAGUAGACCAAAAAAAUAAGAACAUAUUAUUGUUUACAUGUGCUUAGUAACAACGGUGGCGCAUCAAAGGGGGUCAGGUGAGUUCAUCCGGUUCACGGCGCAGCGUGGCGGUGACGGCGGAGAUGAGGAACACGGCGGCGGCGGUGGUGGUGGAAGAAGAAGCAGAUCAUAUGAACAAGAAGUAGGUAACAAGAAAGAAGAUGAGGUGGAAAGAAUAACAAUGCAAGGUUCAAUGGAAUUGAGUGAGAUCAUGCUUUCGGCGCUGACAAAUAAUGUUGUGUCAUCAGGUUCUUCUUCUUCUCAAUCUCAUCAAAGCGGCACCGACUGGUUUGCUUCUGCUUCUCAGCAUCAUCCUAUGAUGACGUCAGAUUUUGGACACGUGUCUUCUUUGUCUUGUUUUACUUCUUCAUCUUCUUCUUCUGCUUCUGCUUCCUCUUCAUGGGUUGGCCAAAAGAGAGGGCGUGAAGAACAACACCACAUGAUUGGUGCUUCAUCUUCAUCUUCUUCUUCCUCUUCUCAAUCUUAUCAAUAUCAACAUCAACAUCAUCAGAAUUUGGUUCAACAUCCUGUUCCUAGAUUCUUUGGAACCAAUCUUGGUGACUUCAAGGUGCUACCUUCUCAUCAACCAGAAUCAUCUUCAUCAGCAGUGACAGAAGAAGCUUCCUCCAUCACCACGGCGGCCACGGCAGCCACGGCAGCCACCGUAACCACCAUGACACCGGCAACGCCGUCGAGCGAAGCCGCAUCAUAUGAAGAAACAGGGGAGAGAAGGAGAAGGUACAGAGGAGUUAGGCAAAGGCCAUGGGGAAAAUGGGCAGCGGAGAUUCGAGAUCCACACAAGGCGGCAAGAGUGUGGCUCGGAACAUUCGACACGGCGGAAGCCGCCGCAAGAGCCUACGACGAAGCCGCAUUGAGAUUCAGAGGAAACAGAGCAAAACUCAAUUUUCCAGAGAAUGUAAGAGCAGUGCCACGCCCAAUUCAACCACCUUUCUCUGCCGCCGCCGCCACAACCACCGCCACCACACAUUUCCGCCACCCUCCGCCGCAGAUGUACCAUCCAGAACCACCACCACCACCACCAUUGGUUCAACAACAGCAGCCACAGUUUCAGGGAAACAAUGAGAUCAGAGACUAUUUGGAAUAUUCUCUGCUUCUUCAGAGUUCUGGUGAUUUUCAACAACAUCAACAACAACAAAUUAAUCAACAACCUUCGAAUUUGUUACAACAGUUGUACUAUAAUUCACAAUUGGCGGCGCUUCAAUCUUCUUCAUCAUCAUCUUCUUCUUCUUCAGUUGUGCCACCAGCUUCGGUGUUUUCAGCUUCUGCUCAACCGUCCUCUGCUUCACUUCCCCUGUUUCCUAGUCAGCAAAUGGUGUUUUUCCGGCCACCGGGAAACCAACCUCACGGCGGCGGAGACGGUGCCGGCGGGUUAAACUUUCUCCCUUCAACUUGGUCAGAUACCAGUGGCUAUCCACCACCACCUGGUUGAUAUAGAAUCUCUUGUUACUCUGUCUUUUUUUUUUUUAAUUUUUAAUUUUAAACUUUGUUUAUUAAAAUAUAUAACUUUGUAUUUGUUUUCCUUUUUCCUUUUUCUUUUCUUAUUUUUGAGAAAAAAAAUUGACCAUAAAUUCCUUGAACAAUUGCUUUUAGGUUUAGAGUUUUUUUUUUUAAUUUUUAAUUUAUUGAAAAAAAUAUGAGAUGGGAUUAUUAUAAGGUUAUUAAGAGUUUUUUUUUUAAUUUUAUUUUCUUAAUAUAUUUGUUGUUUGCCACCUUUUACAAAUUAGGUUGGAGAUAGAGAUAUGAUUUGUAUAUUAAAUAAUAUAGAAAACAAUAAAUAAAUAUAGAAGUUAAAAAAUAAAAAUAAGAAGUAUAAAAAAAAAAGAAUUUCUUAUUGUUAAAGUACUUGGGUAUUUGUAUUUGUCUGAUAAAGAGUUUGAAGGAAAAGACAAAGCAGCACUUGGGUUCAAAGGUGUUAAUUUGAUUCUGUGUAUUGUAUAAGAUGGAUAUGAAUAUAUGAUGUUAACAUUUUUUUUUCUCAA